UUGACAAUCAGCAGGCUAUCUGUCACUCACCGAGCGUAGAAUUUUCUUCCACUCUUGUGUGUAGAGGCUAAAAUCUUUUUCGCACGGAAAACUCCGAUAUCCUCAUUCAAAUAUGUCCUACGUUGCCAGAAAAGGACCAAAAGUUGUUUCCGCUCUCGGACGAUGGGCCUACAAUCUGUCCGGUUUCAAUCAGUACGGUUUGCACCGCGACGAUUGUCUGUACGAGGAUGACGACGUGAAGGAAGCGGUCCGCCGUCUGCCGGAACAUUUGAAGGACGAACGCAACUACCGUAUCAUGCGCGCCCUGCAUCUCUCCCUCACCAAAACCAUCCUGCCGAAGGAGCAGUGGACGAAGUACGAGGAAGAUGUUAAAUAUCUGGAACCAUACCUGGAGGAAGUCAAGCGGGAGCGCGAUGAGAUUAACAAGUGGGAAUCGAACAAGUAGAGGAAGAUGUCCAGUUUCGGUUUGUAAAUUUGCUUCGCGAUACCCGGUGGUGCAAAUGUGUUGCGUAUCGUAAAAUAGGGGAAAUAAAUCUUGUAACUAGGCA